AUGCCGACGGACGCGGACUCCUACGGGCGAUGGAAGAACCUCGUCCCGUUCCUGUACGACUGGUUCGCGCACCACAGGCUCGUGUGGCCGUCCCUCUCCGUGCGAUGGGGCGCGGUCCUGGAGACGAACGAGUACAAGCACAAGCAGCGCCUGUACCUGAGCGAGCAAACGGACGGGUCGCCGUUUUUCCCAAACACCCUCGUCGUCGCCAACGCGGAGGUCAUCAAACGCCGCGUCGCCGCCGCGGAGCACAUGGUGUUCGAAGAGGAGACGCGCAGCGCGUUCGUGAAGGGCUUCAAGACGAUUAUCCACCCGGGGGAGGUGAACAAGAUGCGCGAGUUCCAGGCGUCGCCGAACUUGUUGGUCACGCACACGGACGCGCCGGAACUUCUCGUGUGGAACACGGAGACGCAGCCGCACAGAAAGACGGGCCCGGCCGCGCAGAGGGACGCGCCGAACGGCGGCAGAGGCGAGGAUGGGGAGCUCUGCCCGAUCGCGGGCGCGCUGAAGCCGUCGAGACCGGAUCUCGUCUUGAGAGGGCACGGCGACGACGCCGAGUUCGCGCUCGACGUGCACCGCGAGGGUUUCAAAGUCGCGUCCGGCGGGAAGGAUCGUAACGUCCUUCUGUGGGACGUUUCCGAUUACGAUCAAGGAUCGCUGUGCACGAACGGGAAGGAAGGGAGCGGCGCGACCGGGAACGGUGAGGGCGUCGGCGCGAAGAGCGGCGAUUUCGACGGCGCCCCGAGCCUCGCGCCGAAGACGACGUUCGAAGGCCACUCGGACACCGUGGAGGACGUGUCGUUCCACCCCUCCGGCGCGAGCGAGCUGUGCAGCGUCGGGGACGACAACGCGCUGAUCUUUUGGGACGCGCGCGCGGGGACGAAACCCGCGCACAAGGUGACGGACGCGCACGGGGAGGACGUGCACACCGUGGACUGGUCUCUGCUGGACGAAAAUGUAAUCCUCACGGGCUCCGCGGACGCGACCGUCAAACUUUGGUUGGCGAGUGCUGACUUUGACUUCUUUUUUGCUGGUGUCUCUACUUCAUGGGACCGACGCAAGCUCGGCGCGCUCGGCGCGGAGUGCUGCGUGCACACGUUCGCGAUGCACAAAGACGCGGUAACGUGCGUGCAGUGGUGCCCGGACCAGAAAGGGAUGUUCGGCUCGUCCGCGGACGACGGGUACCUCAACGUCUGGGACGUGAACAAGAUUGGCGCGGCGCAGAGCGCGGAGAAGAAGAAAACCGCGGCGCCGGAGAUUGUCUUCCAACACGCCGGGCACAAAACGUCCGUCACGGACUUCCACUGGAACCCGUUCGAUCCGAUGACGAUCGCGAGCGUGAGCUCCGGGGACGGCGGGAACACGCUGCAGAUGUGGAGGAUGAACGACUUGAUCUACCGCCCCGAGGAAGAGGCGCUCGCGGAGCUGGAGAAGCACAAGGCGACCAUCUGCGGCGUGCGCGCGGCGGCGGCGGGCGGCGGCGGUGAGGGGGGGGGCGACGCGCAGGAGAAGGAGAGCGCGGAACCGACCGGGGACGGCGCGGCCGCCCCCGAAGGCGCGGGAGCGAUGGAGACGGACUGA